AUGCGUCCCCGUCUCCUCGUAACCUCCUCCAGGCGGUACAUCCAGACAUUCAGUUAUAGCACAUCUCGAAAGGCCUUUACCAUGGACUACGAUAGCCUCGCGACCCCCGAGUCGUGCUACGUCGACUUUUGUCUCCUACCCCUCGGUACGGGGAGCGUCUCGGUGGCAGAGGAUAUUGCAGAGGUGCAAAAGGUUCUCAAGGCGAGCGGGCUCAAGUACACGCUUCACUCUGCCGGCACUACAGUUGAGGGUUCCUGGGACGAAGUCAUGGCUGCCGUAGGCAAGGCCCAUGCUGCUGUGCACAAGCGAGGCGUGGUGAGGAUUCAGUCAUCCAUGAGAGUCGGUAGCCGGACGGACAAGAAGCAGACGGCAGCGGACAAGGUCAAGAGGGUGGAGGACAUCCUAGCCGCCGGAGAGUCCAAGUGA